AAUCGUUUUCUGCCAACCCCUAGCCUGGCUAGACAGCACUCAGCGGCAGCGCGCGGCCACACCAGAGGAAGACACGCCGUCCGCCGCCUCGCUCCUCACUGGGACCGGCACCCGCCCCGUGACACACCUGGAUUCAAGCCGACGCGCCGGUUCAGUCCAUUGAGGUGCCGCCCCCAGCCCACAGCAUGGCGUGUCGUCAAUCCCCGCACCUCGAGAUCUCCCCCGUGAGAAGGGUUGUAAUCUUCAUGGUCGGGAUCCUGGAGUCUAUGCUUUUCGCCGGGACAGUCUUCGGAUGGCCCCAACUCGUCCACGUCCUCAAAGUCGAAGGAUUGUACAGUGACUUAUGUGAUGGGGGAUCCUCGUCUUCGUCCCCGUCUAAUCCUUCGCUCCACGGUCACUCGUCUCCCUCGUCCGCCUACAACGCCUCUUCGCCCCUCAACAUCACGGCUCUCAUCGGCCCUGACUCCCCGCCGCCCAUCCCAAUCUUCAACAACACCCGCUGCUACUCCCUCAACAACUCCUACGACAUCUCCAAGAGCCAUAAUGUGGGCGUGGAGCAGUGCGGGCCGCAGGACGAACGCUUCGCCCUCAUCUACACCAUCACCGUGGGCUGCUACAGUCUGACGGGAAUCUUGAUCGGCUACCUUCUACACCAUGCCGGUCUUAGGGUCACUAGAAUAUCGGGUGGGACGAUGAUGACUCUCAGUUUCCUGUUCCUGGGCAUCACGACGAAAGAGUCCCCCAACUGGCUGUUCCCCACCAUGAUCCUGAUGGCCCUGGGUGGCAAUCAGCUCCGCAUGGCCGUCCUGCAGCUUGGCGACCUCUUCCCCCGUCAGCGCUCCACCGCCAUCACGCUGCUCUCAGGGAUGUACGCAGCCUCGGCCGCCCUCUUCCUCGUCCUUCAGUACACCGCCGCGGCCGGCAUCGCGCGGGCCCACGUGUGCUGGGGCCUGGCGGCGCUGAGUGUGCUCACCACGCUGGCCACCUUCCUCAUGCCCGUGCACCACAUCCCCGUCACGGACACACACGGAGAGGACGAGGCUGAACCCACCAAGUCCUCGCUGCCGCUGUCCAAGAGCCUGUGGUCCGGCGCCUCGCUGCUGCAUCAGUACUGGUUCUUCGUGUGCCUCUUCGCCAUCAAUGUGUACCAGCAAAACUACAACGUCUGGGUCAACCUGACGUCGUGCUCGGUGGAGGAGGCGGGGCGCUACUCGGCUCUCUACAGCUACAGUAACCUCAUCACGGUGUUCUUCGGGCCCCUGGGAGGCAUCUUCACCGACUACAUGGUGCGGCGGGCCAAGCGAACCUCUCCUGACGACCUGACGCGGCGGGUGAAGGAGGUACAGGCGUCCUUCCUGCCGCUUCUGGUCACCACGAUCGCCACGGUGCUGAUGUACGCCUGCAUGUUCUUCCUGCACCCCGCCGCCGUCUUCAUGUCCCUCGCGUGUAUGGUUAUCUCAAGGCCGUGCGUCAUAGCCGUGUCCACCGCCUUCAUCAGGAUCAGGUUCCCCGUGGACCACUUCAACCGCCUGAUGGGCAUCUACGGCACCGUGACGGCCGUGCUCAUGUUCCUGCAGUACCCGCACUUCGUCUGGGCGCAGCACAUGUACUACUUGGCCCACGGGUUCGUGCUGGUGCUGACGGUGCUGUGCGUGACGUACCCGGUGCACCUACUCUUCACGCCCCUCGUGCGCCACGCCGUCACCGUGCGGGACAGCGUUAAGCAGAACCCGCUGCUCCCCGAACAGAACGGGCACGGACCGAGGAUGUAGCGGGCGAAGGCUGUCUUCCCUGCCACAACGAGUCCCGUGCUGCCCCCGGCAGGCCACUGGACUGUGAUGGACGCUCCUUCCCGCAGAGGCAGUGUGUUCCUGUGCAGCCGCUGGCCGUCCCGCCGCCCACCGUCUGCUUGUUACUGUUUUGCUCACACCGUUACGUAAAUAACCUUACGUAGGGGCCUACAAAGUGUUGAUCUUCACUCACCUGGG